UAAACACCAGCUCAAGUACAACUUCCAUUUUUCAUCUUCCCACCUAACUUUACUCCACCACUCUUAACAACCACCCUCUUUAACAAAACCCAUUAAAAUAUAUACAUUCACGAAAAGAUUACACCAAACAGUUAAUGUUGAAUUUUUUGUUCAGAUUACAUAAUUGUUGAAGACUUCUCUGUCUCUAUUGCUCCUUUGUUUCAAUCUUUUUUCUUUGUUAAUGAAAAAAAAAAGAUUGAAAUGAAGAAGCUAAAAACGUAUUACCUUCACCUUCGUCACCCAACAACAAUGGAACGUAAAUGGAUCUUUCCACUUGCAAUUGGUUCCAUUGUUUCCCUUUUCCUCUUAUUCCUCACAACCCUAACCACACCAAACGGAACCCCACUUCUCCCUUUAUACCGUUACUACUCUUCUUAUAACGCCGUUAAUGUAUUCAUCGAGUCAAAGCUAAAACCCUUACCAAUCUCCACCGUUCCUCCGCCGCCACGUGUCGCUUAUCUGAUCUCCGGUUCAGCCGGUGACGGUGGCAUGACGAAACGUACACUACAAGCACUUUAUCAUCCGAAUAAUCAGUAUGUUGUACAUCUAGAUGCUGAGUCAUCACCUGAAGAGCGUUUGGAUCUGCAUAAUUAUGUUACUAAUCAUCCGAUUUUUAACGAGUUUAAGAAUGUUAGGAUGAUUACUAAAGCUAAUCUGGUGACUUAUAGAGGACCUACUAUGGUUGCUAAUACACUUCAUGCUGCUGCUAUUUUGCUUAAGGAAGCUGGUGAAUGGGAUUGGUUUAUUAAUUUAAGUGCUUCUGAUUAUCCACUUGUUACUCAAGAUGAUCUGCUUCAUACAUUUUCGUAUUUACCGCGGGAUCUUAACUUCAUUGAUCAUACAAGCAAAAUUGGCUGGAAAGAGUUCCAAAGGGCAAAGCCAAUUAUUGUUGAUCCAGGAUUGUAUGCGACUAAAAAGGCAGAUGUUUUCUGGAUUACACAGAGAAGAAGUGUGCCAACAGCUUUUAAGCUUUUUACUGGGUCUGCUUGGAUGGUUCUUUCUCGCCCUUUCAUUGACUUCUGCAUAUGGGGAUGGGACAACUUGCCCAGGACUGUUCUUAUGUACUACGCAAAUUUCAUCUCCUCUCCAGAAGGCUAUUUCCAUACUGUCAUCUGUAAUGCUCAUGAAUUUCGCAACACCACAGUAAACAGUGACCUUCACUAUAUAUCGUGGGAUAACCCUCCAAAGCAGCACCCUCACUACCUUACACUUGAUGACAUGCAAAGGAUGGUUGACAGUAAUGCUCCUUUUGCUAGAAAGUUCCAUAGGGAUGAUCCCGUGCUUGACAAAAUUGAUUCUGAACUCCUAUUUCGAGGUAAAGACAGGCUUGUUCCCGGUGGGUGGUGCAUUGGAAGUCAGAAGAAUGGGACAGAUCCUUGCUCCGUCGCAGGUAAUAUCACCGUCCUCAAACCUACUUCAGGGGCAAAGAGGUUGGAGAAGUUGAUAGGAUCUCUCCUAUCAAAUGAGAAUUUCCGCCCCAAACAGUGCAUAUAGCAAAAAGCAUGCCUUAGAAAGUUGUUUUUCUUAAUCAUAGUCUUCAGAGGAAAGCAAGGAAUAUCUAAAUGUAUCCAAUCUGCAGUAAUUCUUGUAAUCUGCAGAAAAGAAAAAACAUGCAGAGUAAUGCUCCGGGAACACAAGGGCAUGUGUAUCUGUUCUUUGUUCCUCACUGUAUGAAUCAGGUUGCCCUGCAUUGACAAAGGAUACAAUUUCCUCAUUUUGAACUUCUUGUCACUUUACUAUAAUGGAGCAUUUUGACAACGUGAGACCUUUGGAGGAAAGAAGUGUAUCAGGUUUCCUUUCCGCUUCACAUGUGAAACUACUGUGUAGUGAUAUUUUCUUUUUGUUAUAGGCUUGUAGAACAAGACUAAUUGGAGUCUCUUUUAUGAGGUUUGCACAUGAUUUAAUCUGGUAAAAUAUUUCUAUUUUAUGUUUAAUCUGCAA